AAAUCAGAGUCAAGACGGCUCAGUUAGCAGCAUGUCUCGUCGAAAGCAAGCGAAACCCCAGCAUCUCAAGUCGGACGAAGAGCUGCAAGCAGAGGUAGUUUCUGAGCACGCAGUCCCAGGAGAAGGAGUGGAUGACGGUGAUAGUGGGAAUGAGAGCAGGAGCGGAAGCGAAGAAACCAACGUCUGUGAGAAGUGCUGCGCCGAGUUCUUCAAGUGGACUGACUUCCUGGAGCACAAGAAGAGCUGCACUAAAAACCCCCUGGUGCUGAUUGUCAAUGAAGAUGAACCAGCUCCACCCCCUGCUGAGGAAUUCCCUGAUCCCUCACCCGCGAGCUCUCCCAGCGACCAGGCAGAGAGUGAAGCCGCUGAAGAAGGCGUCCAAGCAGAAAACAAUGACAGCUCUGAGGUAAAAAACACAGAAAAGGAAGAAGAGCCAAUGGAGAUAGAAACUUCUGCAGAGAAAAGUUUCCAGAAUCAAGGCACCUCAAACACAGCUACUCCUCUACCUCAGAUCCCUGAACCAUCUUCCAUGACAAGCUAUAACAUGCCAAACACCAACGUCACACUAGAGACUCUGCUGAGCACGAAAGUGGCAGUUGCGCAGUUCUCACAGAGCGCACGGGCCACUGCUUCCACAAGCAUCAGCAGUGGGGUGACGGCUGUGGCCAUCCCCAUGAUUCUGGAGCAGCUCAUGGCCCUGCAGCAGCAGCAGAUUCACCAGCUCCAGCUGAUCGAGCAGAUCCGCAGUCAGGUGGCAAUGAUGAACCGCCAACCCCUGCGACCAUCCCUCACCCAGAUCGUGGCUGCCCAGGGUGGUCCCGGGCAGGCCUCCAAUCAGCUGCAGGGGUUUGCCACCAGCGCUGCCGUCCAGCUCACUGCAGUCAUUCCUUCUGCCAUUGUGGGGCAGGCCACCAGUGGACAGCCCACUGCCUUUGACAGCUCUCAGCAUAUCUCAAGACCUACAUCUGGAACAAGUACACCCAAUAUAUCCAGUAGUGGCUCUUCUGCCCUGCCUGAAUCAGGUGUACCUUCCUCCUCAAAUGCAAUUACGUCCAUAACUCCCAUUUCUGUGUCAAAUGCUUCUAACAGUGCUUCACAGCCCCAGAAUGCUUCAACUCCACCUUCAAUGGGACAUGGAAGCCUAACCUCAGUAUCCAGCCUGCCAAACCCACUUCUACCUCAGACUUCAUCAAAUAGCGUGAUCUUCCCCAAUCCGCUGGUUAGCAUCGCUGCAACUGCUAAUGCGCUCGAUCCUCUGUCCGCCCUUAUGAAGCACCGCAAAGGAAAGCCACCAAAUGUGUCAGUAUUUGAACCCAAAUCAAGUUCCGAGGAUCCCUUUUUUAAACAUAAAUGCCGAUUUUGUGCCAAGGUCUUUGGAAGUGACAGUGCUUUACAGAUUCACCUCCGUUCGCAUACAGGCGAAAGACCUUUUAAGUGUAACAUAUGUGGAAACCGCUUUUCCACAAAGGGCAACCUGAAAGUUCAUUUUCAGAGGCAUAAAGAGAAAUACCCUCAUAUUCAGAUGAACCCUUAUCCUGUUCCAGAAUACCUCGAUAACGUGCCCACCUGCUCUGGGAUCCCGUAUGGGAUGUCACUGCCCCCUGAAAAGCCGGUUACAACGUGGUUAGACAGUAAACCUGUUUUACCAACCGUCCCGACUUCCAUCGGGCUCCAGCUGCCCCCCACUAUAGCUGGUGUGAACAGUUACGGAGACUCUCCAAGUAUCACUCCUAUGAGCAGGUCACCCCAGAGGCCUUCUCCUGCUUCCAGUGAAUGCACUUCUCUAUCCCCGAGCCUCAACACUUCUGAGUCAGGCGUUCCAGCAUCUGCUGAAUCCCCACAGCCUGUUCAGAGUGGCUCAUCUCUGACCAAGACAGAACCUAUCACUCUGCCUCCCACGAGCACACGGCUCGGGGACCUUUCUGCAGGUGGGCAAGUUUCUGCAGCUGCCACAUCUUCAAUUCCUACGGUGGUUACAGACAGCAGUGUUGCAACAAGCCUCCCAAACCCUGUGCUUCCAGCAGUGUCUGACCAGUUUAAGGCAAAGUUUCCAUUUGGUGGUCUGCUAGACUCUAUGCAAACAUCAGAAACCUCAAAACUUCAACAGCUAGUGGAGAACAUUGAUAAGAAGAUGACAGAUCCGAAUCAAUGUGUCAUUUGUCACCGUGUGCUUAGUUGUCAGAGUGCUCUCAAGAUGCAUUACAGAACACAUACAGGAGAAAGACCAUUUAAAUGCAAAAUUUGUGGACGUGCCUUUACUACAAAAGGCAAUCUAAAAACACAUUUUGGAGUUCAUCGAGCAAAGCCACCACUUAGAGUACAGCACUCAUGUCCCAUUUGUCAGAAGAAAUUUACAAAUGCGGUUGUUCUUCAGCAGCACAUUCGUAUGCAUAUGGGUGGGCAAAUUCCUAACACACCACUACCAGAGGGCUUCCAGGAUGCCAUGGACUCAGAGCUUUCCUAUGAUGAGAAGAAUGUCGACACACUGAGCAGCUUCGAUGAUGACAUUGAUGAAAAUUCUAUGGAAGAAGACCCAGAACUAAAGGACACAGCAAGUGAUUCAUCCAAACCCCUUAUCUCUUACUCUGGGUCAUGUCCUUCUUCACCACCUUCUGUGAUCUCCAGUAUUGCUGCUUUGGAGAAUCAAAUGAAAAUGAUUGAUUCUGUCAUGAACUGUCAGCAGCUGACCAGUUUAAAAUCCAUAGAAAAUGGAUCAGGGGAAAGUGACCAUUUGAGCAAUGACUCUUCAUCAGCAGUUGGUGAUCUUGAAAGCCAGAGUGCAGGCAGCCCUGCAAUGUCUGAGUCUUCUUCCUCCAUGCAAGCUUUGUCUCCUGUGAAUAGCAAUAGUGAAAGUUUCAGAUCAAAGUCCCCUGGUCUCAGUAACCAGGAAGAGCCACAAGAAAUACAAUUAAAGACAGAAAAACCAGACAGUCCGCCACCCACAACUGAAAAUGGAGGCGCAUUAGACCUGACAUCCACCAACCCGGGAAGACCGGUCAUCAAAGAGGAGGCUCCAUUUAGUCUGCUGUUCCUGAACAGAGAACGUGGUCCCAGCCAAAGUACUCCUAGCCUGGUCACCAGUACAGCACCUACCAUGAUCAAAAUGGAAGUGAAUGGUCACAGCAAGCCGAUCUCUUUGGGUGAGGUUCCCUCGCUUCCAGCUGGAAUCCAGGUUCCUGCUGCACCACAGACAGUGAUGAGUCCGGGGAUCACCCCUAUGCUGGCACCCCCCCCUCGCCGGACUCCCAAGCAGCACAACUGUCAGUCGUGCGGGAAGACCUUCUCCUCAGCAAGUGCACUGCAGAUACACGAGCGCACCCAUACCGGUGAAAAACCAUUUGGUUGCACAAUCUGUGGUAGAGCUUUUACCACAAAGGGGAAUCUUAAGGUUCACAUGGGGACUCACAUGUGGAAUAAUGCCCCUGCACGUCGCGGCCGACGCCUCUCUGUGGAAAACCCCAUGGCUUUGCUCGGUGGCGAUGCUCUCAAGUUCUCCGAGAUGUUCCAGAAAGAUUUGGCAGCUCGGGCCAUGAAUGUUGACCCCAAUUUUUGGAACCAAUAUGCUGCAGCUAUCACUAAUGGACUUGCUAUGAAGAACAAUGAGAUUUCUGUCAUACAGAACGGAGGCAUUCCUCAGCUCCCAGUAAGUCUAGGCGGAGGCGCCAUCCCGCCUCUAAGUAACCUUACCGGUGGCAUGGACAAAGCUCGCACAGGCAGCAGCCCUCCCAUUGUCAGUCUGGACAAAGCAAGUUCUGAGACGGGAGCCAGUCGUCCAUUCACGAGAUUUAUUGAGGAUAAUAAAGAGAUUGGCAUAAAUUAAAAGCAUUCAUUCCGAAUAACUGUUGGACCUCUACUUGACACAACACUUGUCCUGUUCCAUUUACAGCUUUUGAAGCUAAGCAUUAGUUUCCUGACCUAAAUGCAUAGGUUCCCUUUAAAAUUUUACCCAUAGCAGAAAUACAUAACUUUGUGGCUGCUGAAAAGUUGUCUUGCAAGGUCUGCAUGGUACUUCUUUCAACAGUGAGUUUGACUGUUACUGAGAACUUUGAAACCUUUUAAUUUAACAGAAAACAAACAAACAAACAAACCAGUCAUGGGAUAACUUCAUUAGAAACAGAAAGAGGCUAGUCUACAUUCACUUUGCUUCUUACAAAACUUACUAUCACCUGAGAAAGGGGGGCUUCAUUACGGCAUUGUCACACUUAUUUGCUGGUUUUGUUCAAAUUAGUUAGCAACUUGGACUAUGUUUUUAGGAAUCUUAAUCUUAAAUAAGUGAUUUAGUACCCCAAUGCUGUGUAUUAUUACAGUACCCUUGUCUGUAGUAUUUAUAAUGUUAAGAUUAUGCGGGUAACAGACAAUAUACUAGCCCCAAACUUAAAUGAAGCUUUUGUACUGCAAAAUACAUCUGGCUAUGUGAUUUUUCUUUUUUCUUUUUCCUUUUUUUUUUAAGCAAGUUUUGUUUUACUAUGAAUAAGUGGUUUCUUUCAAUGCAGGCAAAAUUGUGAAGCUUUAUUGGGAAAGAUAGCAUGCUUUUCAUGUGCAAGUACCUGUCAGUAACAAACCUUUUUUUAUUUAAACAUUUGUAGCUGCUAUGUGGACAGUUGUUCUAUUAAAUGAAAAAAAAAAAAAGUAGCGUGUAUUUUAGCUCAAUGAUUGGAAAACAAGUUACAGACAAACCUUAGCACCAUAAAUUAUUCACAACAUUAUAAACAGUUGUGAGUAAAUACUCCGUGUUAUCAAAGCUGUACAAUAAAAAGGUAAUGUUUGUAUAAUGUGGUUGCAAACUCUUAAUUUAUACUAUUGCACUUUUAUUACUUUAUA